CACACUGGAUAAAACAGGUGGAGACUGGUUUGCGUGUUUACUGCAUGUUCGGGUGGAAAGUGGGACAAUCCGAUUUUUGCCGGUGUCCGGAGGUGGCGCAGUAUUGCGAAGCAGGCAAAGGAGUUGGGGAUGACUUGUCUAUCAGUUGAAUGGAAGUGAUGCUCUGUAAAUAAUCGCACGGAGACUUUUCUAGGUAGCUUGUUUUUAAAAUCAUGUCCUUGGCCGCCCCGAUAAGGGACGUGUGGACGUGUGCGUGAUUUGCAGAAUGUUGCAUUCCAGCUCGCAGAGAAGUCACGUUCCCGGAAGCGGAGCAUGACAUGUUUUUUUUUUUGUCGUUGCCAUUAAACUCUUCCAGCAUCUGGAGUUAACGUCGCUCAGGGGACGGGAGUAGAGGGAGAGAAUGUUCUCAAAAUUGAACUGCGUACUACGCUGCAUCUCGGCUGCCUAAACUUCGAUUCAAGGUAUAUCUUCCACUCGAGUGAUAUGUUUUCAGUUAAUAUGCGCUCUUUCUGCUAGGGUUGAACUUGAGUAAUCGGCCUGUCUAAAGUCGUCUUUUACUUCGUUUAAGUGGGGAACGAGUACAUAUACGUUUUAUUCGUGACCGAUGUUUCAAAUGUUCAUAACGAACCAAAGAUACGGGGAAAAACCUGUCGUUUUCCCUUUCCUUCUCCAAGCAGCUUGAUGAAUAUGCUAAAAAUCCGAUUCUUCGAUGUGAUCGAUCAUUGCAAUCGGGAAGCGAUCCCACCGAUAUCCUAUAUGUUCCUUGAGUUUGUAUUAAUUCCAGGAAGAAAGCUGGGCUUUCCACGGAGAGGAGAAGAAGGUUCUCUUCUUUGUAAACCUUGGCUGGGUCCCCACGCAUUCAUCGUGGGGUGCACUUUCAGCGCACACCCCCUGUCCUCUUCCGAGUGUCUCCGCCUCCUUCAUUAUUUACCCAUUACCGCGGACCAUAUGGCAACCGUUACUUUUACUUUUGUUAUGCAAAUUUAAUUUUCUUUUGCACACGUAAUAUUACCCACCAAAAAAAAACAACAUGGCGCAGGGCAAGCCGGAGCUGGGCUGAAAAGUUGCUGGGUUGUUUUUGGGGGGGUUGUGGGGUGGCGGAGAGUGGGAGGUGAAAUUACAUACACACGGAAUACAGCGCUGCUCGUACUCUUGGUCAACGUGUCGACUGGCGGCGCGAAAGCCCCAGGUCUAAUAAUGAAAUGUCCUGCCUCUUGAUGUCGUAUGACAUGAACUGCACUGAUUGUAACUUGACCAACUUAAGCGGCACAGCCAUGGGAAAGAUGAUGCUGGGACACAAUGGAGUCCGAGGCAGCAGAGAAUAUAAAGAUCGGGUUGCCGAUGCUGAGAGCAAGCAAGAGUUUCGACCCAAGCAUCGUAAAACGUACCCGCUCCGGAAGCGGAUACACUGUCAAUCUGGCGAUAUCCCUUCCCUGGGUAUUGCCAAAGAUCUGGAAGGAAUGUCGGUUGAUGGAGCAAGUCCUACACAGAAUAUCACGGAGCCCUGGGAUUACCAGGGCAACCAGGACAGGCUGCGAGUGGAAGGGCCCGAGGAGGAGAGAACACAAGACAUUGGCAAGGAGAAUGACAGGACAGUGGCUGUGGCCCCUCGUGCUGCCGAGCCGCGGCCUCGAAGGUUGGCCAGCCUCAACGCGGAGGCCGUCAAUAACCUGCUGCUGGAGCGCGAGGACUACCCGUCAUCGAGCCGCCGAUGCCGGAGAAGCACCAGCUGUAGUGUGGAGUAUGCUGGGAGCAAGACUGGACUCCCAGCCAAAAAACAGACGGGUAACCUGGGCGGUUCGUCAGAUGGCGACGUUUUUACCAAGGGCGAGAGCGGCGCUGCACUGGCCAGUCACGGCUGCCCUAGUGUGUCGGCUGAGCGGCAAACUAAAAAACGCAUGGCCAGCCUCAAUGCUGCUGCAUUCCUCAAGCUGAGCAACACCAAGGACGGUUCAGCCAGCCGUCGCAGUCGGACAGACAGGGAGGGAAAACCAGCCAGGGGGGUCGGGGGGACCCGGCUGCCCAUCUCUCACCCGCUGGCUGGGCAACAGUGCCCGCAGGCCAAGAAAGGUGACCUGAGAAAUAGUGUCACAGCUGUACCAUCGCCAGAUGCUGGCACUGGAGGCUGUGAAGUGUCACAGAGAGAUGAGUCGACCAACAUGGGGCACCACGCCAGAAGGUUGCCUAUUACCGUGGACCUUCCCUGUCAGUGUGCAGACAAGACCAAACAAUACUUCCGUCAGUUCUCAAUGCUCAUGGGCGACCAAGCCAUGACUCAGCCCAAGUACCAGACCGUGGAGGAGAACCGUGCCUCGGGUGCUGACUUUGCACAACCUUUCCAGUCACACUCUAAGUUGACUUUGCUGGAUAAUUUUGUGUCUGCUUCAGACCACUACGAGUUUCUGCCUCCUGAUGUCUGUCUUGCUUCUCCAGUGGACGACCUCUACUUACACUAUGAUAGAAAUGACCUGCUGCCCGUUGGAUGCAAUUCUCCACACGGCUGCUCCAUGUGUUCAGCCAGUUUCUCCUGUUGUACCCCACCGGACGAUGAAGGUACCCUCCUCAUUUCGCAGAGCACUGUACCCUCGGGUGUCCCUUUUUCACAUGCUCCAUGCAGGGACUCCCUUUGCUUUGUGGGAGACACAGCCUCUGUACAGUGCGUGGGUGUUUCUGACUACGACUUUUGCAGAAUGCUUCAUCCAUCACUGGACCAGGACGUGGUUGGAAGGACUUUAAACUCAAAUCGGACCAACUGUCAGAACGAGCUGGGACAGAAAACAGACGAGUACAAGUCCCUGGAGCCACUUAGUGUAACCACGCAAGUCACGGGUCAUCCAGCGUCACCAGCAAAUCCUCUCUCGGGCUGCCCUGUCCCCACAGCCCCUUCUGCUGCUGAAACUGUCCCCUACAUCCAGCGCCCUGGUUUGGACAUAACCUCAGCCACAAGACCCCACACCUUGUCUAUGCCGAAGCUGACCCGUGAGUGCCCUCAGAGCUCCAAACCACCCAGCGGUUCCAAGUCCAGCCGUUCUUCACCUGCCCAGCAGAGUAAAGCUGGCACAGGCCACUCGGAGAGUAAGCAGCAGAGAAUCAGCAGGAGACGAGGCACGAAUGGCUGGCUCCCCGUAGGAGAGCCCUACGAGAAACCCGUCUAUGUUGUGGGUGAAGUGCAGCCCCUGAUUCGCAAGUGCUAUCCAGCAGUAGAAAGAGAUGGAGAAGUGGUCAAGGUUCGGGACACCGUCUUAUUGAAGUCGGGACCUAGGAAGAAGUCAAUUCCAUAUGUUGCCAAGGUUUCUGCACUCUGGGAGGAUCCUACAUCAGGGGAACUCAUGAUGAGCCUUUACUGGUACUACAGGCCUGAGCACAUCCAGGGGGGCAGAAACCCCAGCAUUCACUGUGAGAAUGAGAUAUUUGCAUCCCGGCACCAAGAUGAGAACAGUGUGGCCUGCAUUGAGGAGAAAUGCUAUGUGCUGACAUUCUCAGAGUACUGUAGAUUCUGUGCCUUGGCAAAAUGGCAAGAGGAAGGGUCUCCUGAUCACAGGCCAGUGGUUCCUCCUUCUGAAGAGUACUCCACACCUUCUCAUCGCAAAGUUCCAGAGAACACGGAUCCAGAUCUAGUCUUCAUUUGCAGACACGUUUAUGACUUCCGUCAUGGGCGAACUCUGAAAAACCCGCAAUAGUUCAUAGCACUUCCCAGAUUUCAAGAGAACUCAGGCUUAUAAAACAAACACACGCAGCAACUGAAAGAAACCCGAAUGAAUGGAUUUUGACUGGAGUUAUAAUUCCACAAAGCCAUCCUGGUGGACAACAGAUACUCUUACCUUUGCCUUAUGUACAUAGAUUAGAUGAGUUUUUAUGACCCGUUCAAUCACGUUGACUGGAUACCAAAGGACAGUGACCGACCGAAAACUGGCUCCUGGGAAACAGUGCUGGUUCCUGCACUAACCAAUUCGACUGUCAUAACAACACUCGAGUCACUUUUCUCAUCCUCAUCCUCCAUCACCACUAACAACGAGUCCUGUUUCCCAAAUGAUCGCUGGCCCAUUUCACAAUUUCCAUGAAUUAAAAACAGCGACAAGAAAUAUUGCACUUAUAUUCCAAAUCAAUUUAUUUCUCACACGACCCUUGUCCAAUUUCCAAGCUGGCAGUCAGUGAAUGCCAGCACUAAAAUGUUUACAUCUGAAUUCGGAUAUCAUUCCAAAUUCUUUCUCUUUCUCUUCUCUUUCCUCUCAUUUAAUUAUUAUUUCAAAGAAAAUUGCUUGUUGGAAUUAAAUUUCAAAAAUGUAUUGACUUUUGAGGAAGAAAAAUUAAUAUAUGAUUUGUUUGAUAGCUAUGUUUGAAGAGACUUUUUUUUAAAAUAGUUCUUUCUCUACUGAUGUUCUGAUGUUUUCACUUGAAAGGUUUAAUAAUGUUUGAAGUGUUAGGCCCAUGGCCAAUAGAAUUAAAGAUGUUUCUCGGGGGAACCAU